AUGUCCUUCAAAAAGGAUCUGAGAUUGCUUGUAAAACCAUACUACUUGAUAAAUAUUUUCCUCAGUAUCUCGUAUAUCUUUUCGAAGCGCAUUCCUGUAAUCUGUAAUUAUAUAUUUGCUCAAGAUGACUGCGAGCUCGAUGGGAGAGAAACGGAAAUUCUUUUCUUUCUUAUGAUUGUCAUCAUGAUAAGGACAAGGAAGACUGGCAGCGUGACCAUGAUAAAUUACUUGACAUCUAGUUUUGUAUAUACAAAAAUAGCAAACUUGAUUCUUUGGUUCUAUGCAGAUGUGCGGAUGGGCAUUCUGUUUGCAUUCAUUUUUAUACUAUGUGGAUUGGUACUGCCAGAACCAACAUAUCAAGGACCUGAAAAUGUAAUCUAUUUACGUGGAGCCAAUGGAUUACAAGAGGAAUUACGUGAUACUAGAGUGGUCUGGCUGGUAGCAUUUUAUACAGCAUGGAAUCCAGCUUGUGUAACUUUUGCCCCAAUAUUUUCUGAGCUCUCUGCAGAAUAUGCAUUGGAAAAUUUCAAAUUUGGUAAAGUUGAUAUUGGAAGAUAUCCAGAUGCAGCGGCAAAGUAUCAUGUCAGUGAUGCCAGUACAAGCAAACAAUUGCCAACAUUAAUACUCUUUAAAGAUGGUAAGGAAGUAGAACGACGUCCUUACGCAGAUCACAAGGGAAAACUUGUCAAAUUUCUUUUCUCGCUAGACAAUGUAAAGGCUGCGUUUGAUCUCAAUAAUAUUUAUAAUGAUUGUAAGAAGAAUCCUAUUAAGAGAAAAGAGAAGAAGUCGCUAAAGGCAGAAUAACAAAAUGAAACAUAGGCAUUUAAUGAAAAAAGCAUACCUUCACAAUUCACAUCUAAGUGAAUUUCAAUUAGACAGCUUCUACUGUGUAGAAAAGCCACCUAGCGCAUUAUCUUAUCCGAGUUCUGAAGAGUCCUUAAAAAAACAAGGAGUUGUAAAUAUAUUUCGUUGCUUACUAUAUAUAAUCGAUAAUUUUAUUUAUAUUCAUAUAAUUAUUUAUGUAUAAUCGCAGAUUGUUACAGCAGUAUUGCAUCUUAUCUAAUAAUGUGAAUGUGCCAUAUGUAAACAUACAAAAGUCUUAUCAUUAUAAUUAGCAUGUUAUGUCAUUUCCUUUUACAAUCGUCACUUAUCAAAUCACAUUUGAAUAAGCUUGAAUUGGGAUAUGAAAGCUAGCA